AGUGAGGGGCGUGCGAGCAUUACUAUCAGAGAGAGAGAGUAAAAACUAAGCUCCAUCAGAUAGACUUCAUUAGUUUCAUCUUGACUAAGUAGAGCACACGGCAGGGGAAGAGUUUGGAAGGAUUUAAUUUGACAAAAGCCACAGAAGAAGACAGAAAAACACAAGCAGAUUUUCUCAGACCCCUGAAUCACCAAACUCAUCUGAGAACCCCGAACACUUUCCGAAAGCUUUCUGGAAUCAGAGAAGGUUCUAGAAAUGGUUCUGGAGUACAUUCAGUAAUAAACUGGGUUCUUGAAUCGCACUGGGUUCUAAUCUCAACCUUAGCUUAUUCGAAUCUGAUCUGAAGCUACAGUAAGUUUUGGAAAUACUGCAGGUUCAAACGUUUGCUGCAGAUUUAAAGGGGGUUAAGGGUUAUCGGUUCAAGGGGCACAGCAGGCUCCAGGAUGGCUUCUGAAGUCACAAAAGUGGAUUCACCAAAGGGUUCUCGAUUCAAAGUGGGUUCCAGAGUUCCUUCCAUGCCCCGUUUGUGCACCGUGCCUCUGGUUGUCUGGUGUUUGGUGUCUGUCGAUCCCGUUGCUUGCCACAAAAACUUCUCAUUUGAGCCAUCUGUGGCAGACCUGAGGACGUUGGACCUGCCGGAUUUCCAUGGCACCGACCUGCCUCUAGGACCCGGGAUGGACCGUCACGUCCAGGCCUCAAACAGACAGACACAUCUGUUGCAAGAGACUGUGAACAAGCCCCCGUCCUCACAUGAGCCAAGACUGGGAAAGUCAAAACACAUUAGCAAGCUGAAACACAAACAUGAAAGGAAACCUCCGUCUCACUCUUCUUCCUCCAACGCCUCCCUGGUGGUUCGCGCGCGCCCGGUGUCGCCCCCUAACUGCCUGCAGGCCACAUCAAUAACAACAGCCUUCAAGUACAUCAACACCGUUAUGUCCUGUAUCAUAUUUGCUGUGGGGAUCAUUGGAAACGCCACCCUGCUCAGGAUUAUCUACCAAAAUAAAAGCAUGAGGAAUGGACCCAACGCUCUGAUAGCCAGCCUGGCCCUCGGAGACCUGAUAUACAUCGCUAUUGACAUACCAAUCAACGUCUACAAGCUCCUCGCGAUGCGGUGGCCGUUUGCAGACAGCGCGUUUGGUCUGUUCCUCUGUAAGCUGUUUCCCUUCCUGCAGAAAGCUUCAGUCGGCAUCACCGUCCUCAACCUGUGUGCUCUGAGUGUCGACAGGUAUCGUGCAGUGGCGACCUGGUCACGGGUGCAGGGCACUGGUGUUCCCACUGUAACGGCGGUGGAGAUCGUCCUGAUCUGGCUGCUGUCCAUGACGCUGGCCGUGCCAGAGGCCGUUGGCUUCAACAUGGUCACCUUUGACUACAAGAAUGUUACCAUGUCCACCUGCAUGCUGCAGCCAAAGACGCCGUUCAUGACU